GCAGUUGACUGAGACAGUGGGAUCUCACAGAUUCAUGGGUCAGGAGAACUGUUUCUGUCUCUGCAGGUGAAGUCAGAGCCGUGUGGGCGGAUCCAUUCACCCUCCUGCUCCAAGAUGUCUCUCAGAGGUGGCUGCCACACUUGGCCCAACUAUACCAUCCACUUCUACGCCGGACUGCAGCACAUGGAGGACAGCAGUGUGUCUCUGUCUCCUAUAAUGUUGGCAAGUGUAGUCAUAGGAUUUAUCAUCACCAUCUCCUGCUUCUUCAUCAUCCUGGUCAGCGUGUACCCCAAGAAGCCUUGGGACCCGCCCCGCCGCCACCGUCACUACUGGGGAGACCCCCAGGAUGGCCAAGGUGAGCUGCUGCCCUUCUCAGGGCCUGCCCUCGCGUCCAAUUGCGAUUGCAACCCAGGACGCAUCGAGGAGGCAGCUGCUCUGCCAUGGGGUCAGGGGUGGGGGCCGCACAGGGAAGGCAUCCUGAGGUCUUGGGUGAUCGGGAAGAGCUCACAGAUGCUCACCAUGAUGUCCUCCAAGGCGAGAGGAGCCUGGCUGUCUACCCGGGGUGUGGCUAUUCCCCAGCCCUGCCCACUGUCGGUCCAGGCUGUACUGACAGCUGGUCCAGAUGACUCCCAGGAGCGCCCCCGCUGCAGGGGCGGGGUGCACUGCACCUGCGGCCUCAGGGGAGACCGGCUCGCACCCUCAGGCUGUUCUCACCAGGAUGCUCCACCAAGCUACGAAGAGUGCACGGGGCCCGGGGCCACUCAGCUGUACCUCCCCACGGAGGCGCCGCCGCCCUACUGGCCCACGGACAGCGACAGCGACCUCCACACCGUCUCCGUGGACGCCCUGCCCCCUUACGAGGCUGUGUGGGCGCCUUGCCCUCCACCGAGCUGGCUGCCACUGCCGGGCCCAGAGCCGGAGCCAAGCAGCCCCCAGGGCCCACCGACCCCAAAAGGAAGCCGGGCUUGCAGCCCAGAGAUGAUUGUGUGAACGUCAGCAGGUCACGUCCUGCCAGGCCCUAGGGGCUGAGGAAGACCUUACGGGAACACAGGGGAGCGCGUGCACACACACAUACAUUCUCAUACAGACACACAUGCACACAUACACACUCAUACAGACACAAAUGCAUGCACACACAGAGA